AUGCAUGAGAUUGUUACACUUCAGCUUGGCCAGCGGGCUAACUAUCUAGCAACACAUUUUUGGAAUUUACAGGAAUCAUACUUCACAUAUGACGGAGAGCAGUCUGAUGUUGAUCAUGAUGUUCACUUUCGACCGGGUGUUGGAGCAGAUGGCUCUGAGACUUAUACUCCCCGCACAGUAAUCUAUGAUCUGAAGGGCGGGUUUGGAACAUUGCGCAGAUACAAUGCACUUUACGAGCUGAGUGAAGACUCUACAGCAGGUCAAGGCUUAUGGGAUGGACGAGAGAUAGUCCAAAAGCAAACUCCGAUUCAACAAAGUGAAUAUCAGAAAAGCUUGGAUUUGGGCAUUCCAGCCCCCCGGUUGACCUCAGAGUCUGUACGCUACUGGUCAGAUUACAACAGAGUGUACUAUCAUCCAAGAUCUAUUGUUCAGCUAAAUGAAUAUGAACUGAACUCACAGACCCUGCCUUUCGAGGAUUGGAAUGUUGGAGAAGAGUUAUUCAAAAAUCUUGAUAAGGAGCAUGACCUGCUGGAUCGUGACCUGAGACCUCUCCUCGAAGAAUGUGACCACUUGCGGGCACUGCAACUGUUCUCCGGAUCAGACGAUGCUUGGGGCGGAUUCACUGCCCAGUAUAUGGAAAGACUAAGAGAUGAAUUUGGAAAGAAAAGUAUUUGGGUCUGGGCUAUUGAGGACGGUACCAGAACACAGCGGCAUCACCAGUUCAAGAAGGAUACGAAUAAGGCCAGGUCACUCUACUCGAUCUCCCAACUGGCAUCGCUCUAUUCUCCAAUUAUCGACCUUCCGCAUAAGCUGCCCGGCUACCUCAAUGUUGAUCGCCAAUCAGAAUGGCAGAAAACCGCCCUGUUAGCCUCAGCUAUUGAAACAGUCACACUGCCUUCCCGAUUGCGGCCAUACCAGCAUUUUGAGGCCUCUCUCGCUGGGGAAGAUGGCACGCACACCAUCUUCGAAUUGCAAUCUUCCAUCAAUAAAAUCAAAAUUAAUGACGGUCAAAAGCAAGCCUCCAACGAAGAUGGGCCCACCAAAGCGGAAAUUGACUUUGAUAUUGACUUCGCCUAUAAUGGCGAGUACAAGGGCGCUCAUAUUUUCAACCAAGUCCAAGUAACCCGUGGAGACCAACCAGAAAGGGACAGCGAGUCAACGGAGGACAGGGACAUUGGGCACCUUCGCAAACUCAGACGAUACAACUCAGAGGCGAUGCUGCAAAGUUUCCACACACCACUCAGGUUGCCUAUUCUUGACAGUUUCCCGCAUGAUAUGUUCCCCACCCCCGAGGCAGGUACCGGGGUAAAUGUGUUUACCGCAUUGACCGCCUCGUCGCGGACAGCUCAGAGGAUCAAGGAUAUCUCGGCAACUGCUGCACGCCUUGUCUCAGUUGAUGAGCGAGAGGCAUUGGUAAAUGGACUUGGCGAGAUUCGAGAGUACUACGAGACGGGAUGGAGUAGUGGGUCGGACGACGAUGAUGACUAG